AGGUGUUCACCAGGCACACGGCGUCUCUCUCACCCGGCUUCUUUUCGCGGGAGUAAGGCUCCAGUUGGGCUGCUACUAUUGGAAGCCAGCGCACACACACACACACACACACACACACACACACACACACACGCACAUUCCUCAGUUCCAGAGUUCCCUCCAGUGAUUCUCUGGCGGUCAGAGGUCUCAGGCUUCCAGAAAUAGCUCCUCCCGGGAGAAGCCCCACCUUCCUGGCUACCGCCUUAAAGUCAGCUCUCCGCUGCGCCUUCUCUUCCCCAGCAAGUGGAGUCUGCGAGAUCUUGAGCUUCAGGAUGGUUCUUGCUAAGAGGUGGACCCUGAAGAAGCACUUCAGUGGCAGCCCUACUAAUAGUGACUUUGAGUUGAAGACUGCUGAACUCCCACCCUUAAAAAAUGGAGAGGUCCUGCUUGAAGCCUUGUUCCUCUCCGUGGAUCCUUACAUGAGAAUAGCAUCCAGAAAAUUGAAGGAAGGUGAUUUAAUGAUGGGGGAGCAAGUGGCCAGAGUUGUGGAAAGUAAAAACUCAGCAUUCCCCAAAGGAACUCUUGUACGGGCUUAUUUGGGCUGGACAACGCACUCCAUUUCUGAUGGGAAAGGACUAGAAAAGCUGCCUACAGACUGGCCAGAUUCACUUCCACUGUCUUUGGCUCUGGGGACAGUAGGUAUGCCAGGCCUAACUGCCUACUUUGGCCUGCUUGACAUCUGUGGUGUGAAAGGUGGAGAAACAGUGAUGGUUAAUGCAGCGGCAGGAGCAGUGGGCUCUGUUGUGGGGCAGAUAGCUAAGCUCAAGGUAAGUGUCUUCCUCCAGCAACAUUUAGUCAAAACCCGCAGAGCACAUUGGGAAUGCAGUGUGAACACAGAGAUCUUCCCUAGCCUCGAGCAGUUUACAAUCAAGUCAGUGGAUCUUGCUUGGAAGUUAGAGAUUGGGAACUCUCAUUCUGAGAGUGCUUUCUGGAAUGCUCUCCAGUUCGUCUAUGAUGAAGCAGCAUCUAGCCCAGUAGGUGGAGAGUUUUCAAACGUUGUCAUACCCCAGAUGAAGACUUUUGGAAGAAUUGCCAUCUGUGGGGCCAUCUCCACAUACAACCGGACUGGUCUGCCUCCCCCAGGCCCACCCCCAGAAGCUGUUAUCUAUCAACAACUCCGCAUGGAAGGGUUCAUCGUCACCCGCUGGCAAGGAGAUGUCCGCCAGAAGGCUCUGAAAGACUUGAUGACAUGGACCUCUGAGGGUAAAAUCCAGUACCAUGAACACAUUAUUGAAGGAUUCGACAACAUGCCCUCUGCAUUUAUGGGAUUGCUGAAAGGAGAGAAUUUGGGGAAAUCCAUAGUGAAAGCAUGAGAGAAAAAUGACACAGGAGCCACCACUGGACAAUUUAAAUGAUUAGUUUUUCACCAUUCAGUAAAAAUUAGCCUUAACUAUCUAAAUUAUCUUAAUUGUCUAAAAAUUAGCCUUGAUUAUCUAAGAAUAACUAAUCACUUUGACCUACCUAAUAAAAUGCAUUUAAAUGAUUUAUAAUUAGUGAUAGAGAAUGAAAUUUUCAUAGUUAAGAACAACCAAUCACCAACUGACUACCUACUACUGCUCCUCCCGGGUUAUAGCCAAAAAAUUAUGACUUUGAAGUCUGUUUGUUAGCUUUCCAUUACUGUGACAAAAUGCCUGAAUAAUCACCUUAAAAGAAGGAAAGGUUUAUUUUGGUUCACUAUUUUGGAGGUUUCAGUCCAUGAUCUAUUGGCCCCACUACUUUGGGCCCAAUUGGUGAGGCAGUACAUCAUCAGGGAAACAGGUGGGAAAAGCUGCUCAUCUCAUGGCAGCCAGGAAACAAAGAGAAGAACAGAAAGGAGCCAAGACCCAAUAUCCUCUUCAAAGGCAUAUUCCCAGUGACCUAAUGUCCUCCCACUAAGUCCUCUCUCUUAAAGAAUCCACUCCUAAUAGUGCCAGUCAUGAUAAAGCUUUUAACACAUGGGCCUUAGGGGGCACUCAUCCAAACCAAAGCAGAGUCUAAAAGUUUACUCCCUCUGUGGCCUUGAACUUCCGAUUCUUUGUUUUUAAAUUGAGGAUAGUUACCUCCUUCCAGAAAAUGGUGAACCUGAAGUAAUGAGAUCUCUAACCCUAUUGAUUAUAACAAAAGUCUCAUAUGAACCAAGAAAAGCAAAUCUCUUCAUUCACAACAGGUGCAAAAAAGAUAGCACCUAGGAAUACUUAUAGACCUUUAAAAUUUUUUUGCAAGAUUUAUAUGGAAAAUGGCUUUUAAAAUUCUGAGGAACACAAAUGAUUUGAAUAUAUGGAAAAAGUAACGUGCUUUUGGACAGGAAGAUUCAAUAUCAGAAGGAUGUCAAUUUGUUGAUCAAUUCUGUCAUCAUUAAAUUAAAUAAAAUUGUACAAAGAAUGAGGCAAAAACUCUGUAUAAAAACUGGAUGGAUAUAAUAAACUACCAAUAAUGGUCUGUUUUCAAAGAAGAAAACUGAGUAUGGAAAAUAGAGGGAUACGAGAAAUCUUUGGAAUGAUAACAUUUGGUACUUUUUGAACUCUGAACCUUACAAACUUACUCACAAAUACAAUUAAAAAAUAAAAGUCCCUUGCUUUUU